CAUCCUCAGUGCCUUUCUGCAUCCAGCCCUUGGCUCACGUGGACUCUUCUCUUCCAGCACCCAGGUGGAGAAGAGGUGUUGCUUGAACAAGCUGGCAGAGAUGCCACUGAGAGCUUUGAAGAUGUGGGGCAUUCCACAGAUGCCAGGGAAAUGCUGAAGCAGUACUACAUCGGAGAGGUUCACCCGAACGAUCGUGGAAAGGAAGGUUCUAAGAAUCCAAGUAGGACAUCCUCAGGCCAAACAAGUUUCUGGUCGACAUGGCUGAUCCCCAUCUUUGGAGCACUGGUCUUAGGUUUAAUGUAUCGCUAUUACAUGGUGGAUGGGAAAAGCUCCUGAGCUGGCCUUGCUGGGGCCUCAGACAGCCUGCAAAGAGAGAGAGAGAGUGUGUGUGUGCAACACGUGGAGUUCUGCUGCCCUUAGCCUUCCUGCUUUUAGCUCUGAGUCUGUCAAGUGAUGUUGAUAUCCAUGGGACCAAUCUAAUUCCAAACUCUAUCCUAACUCUGGGACCCACAGAUCUAUCAUGCUUCCCUCUUGUAGUGGCAGGGAAAGAGGAACUUCCCUGACAUGGUGUGGUGUCCCUCGUGCUCACUCUCUCUCGCUCACUCUUGCUCUCUGACAUAACCCCCAGACAACCUUUUCUCUCAAUGCCUUUGCGUUAAGCCAGACACCAUGAAAGAGCUGUCCUGGGCCUGUGGCUCUGCCUCAGCCCUUCACACAGCCAGGAAUCAUCUGCCAGUUGUCUGCAGCCCUUGCCGGAAAAGAUGUCAAGAGCUUUGGUUCCACAGGAACGUUCCCAGAGCGUGCAGGCAACACUAAUUGGAGCAGCAGGGAAUUGUUUGUUUGGUCACCUCUUUCUGUACCUGUCUGUUUUUAACGGUUAAAUACAUGGAUUUUAAAAGUGAUACUGUUCAUUUUGUAAUAUUUGUACUUGUCCCUUUGGAAUGUAUAUCCUGUGAACAAUUUAUAUUGAAUCCUGGUUGGUUUGGGUGUUUUCGUGCUGUGCGUGGCAGAGCCAGUGGGAACUGGCAUGUGGCUUCUGGAAAUGCAUAUUCUUCUUUCUCCCUGAGGUCAGGAUCUGACACAUGUAUGGGAAACUGAACUCAUUCUUACGUACUGUGAAUGUACACCAGAUGGGGGAAACAAUUAAAUCUGGUCUCUUCUCCCAAAAUGAAAAGGGAAGAGGCAUUUGGAAAUUGUGGAUAAUGCUGGUUUUGUCAGGGAAUAGAGAAGACUAUUUCCAUCUUGCCGUGUUUUUGUGUGUUGUGCGGUCGGCCUUGAAGUGCAGACACGGCACAGUUUGCUUCCUGUGCUGAGGCAGGAACCUUUCCAGCUCUUCCAGCCUCCUGAUCUGGGGCUUUGGGUUCUCUUAAAUAAAGGGAAGUGAUGUCCUGGUGCCCGCUGCCCUUCGGCAGGGCUGUGCCACCAACACUGGCUCCCAAUCCAAACCUCCAGCACAGCUGAUCAUCCCCUGGGAUUACAGAAAACAGGGCAGUGAUAUCCUGGGAUCCUGCUGUGAAAACCUCCCAUGGGUUGUGGGGAUUCUUCUCUAUUCCACAAAACUACCAUGUCUUCCAGAAGGUUGUAGAAGAAAUUAUUGGAUGUGGAAUUACACUCUGCUUUUUAAAACCAAAGGCCAGGGAACGUGGAGUAAGAGCACUGCCAGGGCUACCUUCACAUUUAACACAAAAUUGUGCAGCAUGAACUCAGUUUGGGGAAGUUGAAAGUGGAUUCCCUAUCAGGGAAGGGUUUUGAAACUGGAAGGCACAUGUUGGCAACAGUAUCA